AUGCCGGUUCCCCGAGCUGAAGUUAAUCGACGAGGAAUCAUCCGGUUUAUCACAUCUUUGAUGAUGGGAACGCAAGCAAGACCUCUGGUGGCUCGUACUCCCAUAAUUCAACUCCCUCCUGAACUUCAGAAAACGAUGAAGGAAGCUUCAAAAGACUUUGAAGUGAUAAAUAUCGAUUUGGAUCAAGUCACAAAAGAAAUGGCCCGCAGAGUCGAAGGAUUGUUACUCUACAUGCCGGUUAAUUUACGAAUUAAUUCAAAGGUGAUGGAUUAUUUUCCCAAUCUCAAAGUUAUCAGCAACUGUGGAGUUGGUAUUAACCACAUCGAUGUAGCAGCCGCUACUGAACGUGGAAUUGCCGUCGGGAAUACACCAGAUGUUCUUACUGACUGUACGGCCGAUUUGGCGUUCUCGCUUUUGUUGGCUUCCGCUCGAAACGUUGUAGAAGGAGACAGGAUUGCAAGAGGUCCAGAAACAAAAGAGGUAAUUUUGCUGAUUAAGUCAAAGAAACGGUUGUAUUGUAUCUGAGAAAAUGUUUUAAUUUGUUUUGUAUGUUUGCGCGGUCGUUUUGAGGGUACGAUUUAAUUUGUAAUCGCGUGACUGCUUAAUUUACGUCUGUGGUUCGAAAAUAGUAGGAAAUGUAACCACGAGUUUCUAUUUUUCAGAAUGAUUUUGAUUAAAAUAUUUUUAGGUUUUGGUUUCAUCAUAGUCGUUUUUCUUACAUUGCAAACUUAAUUUGUAGAGUUCAACAGGCUGAUUUAUAUUUAAUAGGCAUUCACCGCGACUUGCAUUUAUCACGAGAUAUAUUCAUUUGGCCCACAUUUGUAGCCUGCCGUGUACAGACGGGAACGCGUGACGAACCCCUAAAAAAGUCUGCGUAGGAUGCUAUGACGAAUUAUACAAAAGGGAAAGCAAGAUACUCUAUGAGGAGCUUCAGGCAUAAUAUAAUGUCUGCAUAAUGCUAAUAUUUUCUUUGAAAAGUCAUAUCAAAGACUGUAGCUUGGGUGAUUAUUUAGUCGGUGCGAGAGGGAAUUAAAGGGCAUAACCCCUUCAGCCGAGCAUAAUUUUAAGCAUAAGAUCAUGGUUUCAUGAGUGACGCUGAAAAGCUUAAAAUUCGAUUUUAAGAGCAUAAUCCGUGAGGACUGAGGAACGACAGCUUAAUAAAAGCUUAUACGAAUGACCAUGAAAUUGACAUUUCGCACAAAAUCAAAGAUGUUUAACGCUUUUAGGCCCUAAGAGUGAUCAGCGUCAAAUUUCUCCUUGUAAUAUCAAUGCUUUGUAAAACAGAGUGGUCAUGAGAAUUACGGACAGGAUCACACAAGAAUUUGCUUGAUUUUUCUGUAGGAAAUGAAAAGGGGCAACAAAUGAGAAUUCAAAUUUUGAUCUUAGGGUUUAAAGGGUUAAGUGGCAAAGCAAACUCUUUCCUGCGGUCCGCUGGACCCUGGGAAGAGUCUCUUUUAUCAAAGAACUGACGAAUGCUUUUUUACGAUAUCUUCUUAUGUAACUUAUAAUGAAUAUACUAAUAAUCCAUAUGACUACCGGUAUCGAAGAGUGCAGGGUUCGAAUCCCGGCAAGCCUGGAUUUUUUAAGGCUUUCUUUAUCAACUGCAUAAGUUACGUCUUCAACUGCGAUGAUCUUCUUUCCAUUUAUAUCUUCAAUUUAUAUGGAUACGUUGUUUUAUUUUUUUUUGAAUAGUUUCUUCAUUUGCAUGGCUAUUUUGGAAGUAAAGUUAGUAGAUCAACCAUUGGCAUUGUUGGCUUGGGAAGAAUUGGUAGUGCUGUGGCAAAACGAGCAAACGGCUUUGGAAUGAAAGUUCUUUAUCACAACAGAAACAGGCGUAAAGCAGAUGAGAAAAAACUUGGUAAGAUACUUUGUUCGUGUACAAGAUGCUCCCCUUUUGAGGACAUCUCCUUCAAUCGUUCAGUCCGCUACCCUUUUUAAAGCAAGAACCUGAUUCAUUUCGUUUUGCAUACAGAAUUGUGUUGUGGAAUAUCCAAUAAGCAUGGAAUUAGAUUUUUUUGUGGAAAAGAUUGUUGGUUCCACAUACAGUCGACUCCUGAAAACUCAAACCCUCGCUAACUCGAACAUUGCGUUACCUCGAACGAGACUCGAUUUUCUCCAGAAUUCCUGGAGUUCAUACAUUUACUGUACUUUUACCCUCGAUAAAUCGAACCUCCCGCUAACUCGAAGUUACUUUUGUUUUCCGUCAGAUCAUUUCCAUAUAAUUUUACCCGGCCUCGAUAACUCGAAACAUAUAUUUUUUGUGUGUUUAUUUCAAGCCAACCGUGUGCUCUUUAUCUUUGUCUUUUUCUGUUAGUCUUUUUUUUUGUCAAGCCCUGUAUAUUGAUCAAGCUUUGUUGCUUAAUUCCUCUUUCUAAAUAUCGACGUAUCUCUUGCUGUCCUAGAAGUGUGGUGUGCAUGAUACUAGAACUCCUUCUCCGUCCCAUUUCAUUAGUUUCCUUCUUCCGGUUAUUUGCUUUGAACUCCCGAUAACUCGAACUUUCCCAAGAUUUAGAUUUUCCAAGAAGGUGGCGAGUUAAGGGGAGUCACUGUAGUAAAUCGUAAACCCUGUUUUAGAGUCAAGACCGGCCUGAAAACCACAUACCCAUUUGUUUAGGCCAAAGAAGGCAAUGCCCCGCUAGAUGACGACCAACCAUUGAAUUGAAUCAAUUUAUUCUUCAACCGAAUCGGAGCAGAGGAAAAAUGUUCUGAUGAUCUACCUUACUUUCCAGAUGCCCAUUUUUGCACCACGUUGGCAGAUCUGUUACCUCAGUCAGAUUUUGUAGUACUAUGUACACCGCUUACACCUGAAACGAGACACUUGAUAGCAGCAAAGGAGCUGUCCCUAAUGAAACCAACAGCAACAUUGGUUAAUAUUGCACGUGGAGGAGUUGUUAAUCACGAUGACUUGACUGACGCAUUGAAGAAUGGAGUGAUAAGAGCCGCAGCGCUUGACGUGACAGAACCAGAGCCUCUGCCGAGAGAUCAUCCAUUGUUGAAAAUGGCGAACGUUACUUUGACGCCACACUUUGGAUCAGCAACUGCAAACACGAGAAUGAAAAUGAUGGAGCUGGUUGUGAUGAAUUUACGCGCUGGCUUAAAUGGCGAGGAGCUACCUUUUGGGGUCAAUUGA